AAGGACUUGACUUGAAUGUGCGGGUCAGUAUUAUUUGUUCCAGCGAUUACCAGCCCCCCCGGGGUGUGCAGCUCCAGCAUCCCUGCGGGCUCGGGGCCGGUGCGGGCAGGGGCAGAGGUGGGGGAGCACCGGCCAUCGCCUGCGCCAGGGUGGGAUGGAGCCCUGGUCCCUGCUGUGGGCUCAGCCGCUCUCCCGCGUUCUUGGGCCACAGAUAUUGGGGUGAAAAGGAGGGGGAGAAAAAGUGUAUUUUGUUUCUUUUCCGUUCUGCAGAUCACUGUGAAAUCCUGCCCACCCCCAGCCCUGCCAGGCCCCCCAACCCAUCCCCGGCAGCCCUGCCAAAGAAACCGCGCUGGCCAGCAGGACCUGCUGCCUGUCCCCGAGGGGGACAUGCCACGUGUCCCCAAAUGGGGUGUGCUGUGUGCCCCCGAGCGGGAUGUCCCACAUGUCCCCAAGCAGGAGGUGCCAUGUGUCCCCCCAAAGGGACGUGCCAGGCCCCCAUGCCCAUCCCUCGGGUCACCGGCACGGGGGCUGCCGGCUGGCCACGGUGGGGGCACCCAGCAAUGGGGGGGCAGGAGGUACCCCUGUAGUGGGGUGCCCCGAGGUGCUGGGGCUCACAGUGGGGCACUCGGGUGGGGGCAUCCACCCCCCCUCCCCAGCCGAAACGCUGGGUGCCAAGGAGGCUCAGCCCCAGCACCCCACUGUACCCCACCACCACCCCAGGAAAGGUGCCACGGGGUUGGGGGAACCCAGCACAGCCCCCCCCCAACCCCCCCAGGGUGCUGCAGUGCCAGGGGUGCUGUACCCACCACCCACCCAUGCCCCCCCACCGCCUGGGCGGGCAGCCCUGGGGACCCUCACCCCCCUGGGGCACCCCGCUCGGAGCCACCCCAUCAACCAGGGCUGGGGGAGCCCCCCUGGGCACGGCCACCCCCCCCCCCGGGGGGGGGGGAGGGGCUGGGGAGGACGCCAGGCGCUAAUUAGUGCUGGGGUUAAUUAAUGGUCAUUCUGCUUGUAGCUUUUUCAGUGUGUGUUUGGUUACUGUCUCUGGGAACCGUGUUUGAACAGAUGGCUCUGUGUUACCGGGAGUGUGUGUACUUCUGUAGUCUAGUUAGGUGCUCUGCCAGAAAACCACCACUAUACAUACCUAUAAAUAUAUACAUAUAUAGUCUAUUUUAAGUUAAAAACCAAUGAGACGAAGAGGCGGCGUGGCCCCGGGCCCCCCCGUCCCGCCGGGGUCGCCUCCUGCCCCGUCCCCACCUGAAAGCUUCUCUCUGCUUAUUCCAAGGCGUUGGGUUUUUAAUUGAUUUUCUUUAAUUUAUUUUUAAUUUCUUUGGGUUUUGAUUUUUUUUUUUUUUGUACAGAAGAGUUGGAAAACUUCAAAAAAAACAACAAAAAAGACAAUUUGUAAGAUAAUCGUGCGUGUGACUCCUUGUAAAAUAUUUUCAAAUGGUUUAUUACAGAGACUCAGUUAUUAAAUAAUGUUCAUAUUUUCACUUCA